AUGUGGGACGUAAAAAGGAAAGAAAGUAAAUCCAAGAAGGUGACAUCUAGGAAGCCCAAGGAAACAUCUAGGAAGCCCAAGGAAACUACUUCUCGUUCUAAGACAGCAGUAACUUUUGAGCGAGAAAAGCAUCUUGGUACCUCAGAAGGUCUUUCUAGCACCUUUGAUCAACCAAAAUGUCAUCUUUGUUGUGGAGAUGCGUGCACUUUGAAUUAUAUUGCUUGUGAAAUCUGUGGAGAGUGGUUUCAUGGGGAUGCUUUUGGACUCACUCUGGAGAAUGUCAGACAACUCAUUGGAUUUCGGUGUCAUGUUUGUCGUGAUAGGACUGCACCAAUGUGUCCCCACAAGAAUAAUAAUGCCAUGACUCAUGCUGAAAUCAAAGCAGCAACCGAGUAUGCAGAGGAACUACAUAAUUCUGUUUCACUUCAGCCAUUGAGUCAGGUUUAGUGAUUCGUACGGAAAGGAUAUACAGUUGGACACCGGACGCCAAUUUCUUGUAGGUCCUUUUACUUCCUGCAGGAGAAUGAUGCUCCUUCAUCAGUUUCAUUCAAAUUAAAAAUGAAAAAAGAAAAAAAGGAAAAAAAGAAACAGGGAAAACUAACCAGUUUGAUGGUCGUCACAAGAGGAGAAAUGAUUGAUCGAUCAGAAUCUUGUGGUGCAGCAUGCUACCAUUUAGAGGGAAAGAAGAAUAAUGGCAAGGACAAACAUGUUAGAGAGGCUGAAGAAAAUUGCAUUUGAGGAGGAUAGCUUAGAGAAUUCAUACAUUAAUUGCAUUGUUAAUGAUUGUUAAUCUAAUCCAUGUGUAUUCAUUUUAGUUACAUUCUUUCUCAUGUAAGUCAUAUUGGAAUGAUUCCCUGGCUGUCCUUUAUAUUUAAACCUUUUGAAGAAAUCAAAUAUAUGAUCAUAGCAUUGCUUACUU